AUGACUAAACAUCAUCAAUUUACAAAACUUCCAAUCGACAGCGAUGUAUCGAUUUCUAAUCAACCUCAUCAACAAGCAAUACCUUUGGAAGAGAUAUCAUUGACAGAACAACCAGUUUCACUCAAUUUACAAAGCAGAUCGUCGACUACUAUACAACCGCAUGUUCAUUUUUCAUCUACUUCUCCAAUAUCAUCUACUACCCCCUCACUUCAUAGAAAUUCCAUUAAUGGGCUUGGUUUGAAUGAAGAUGAAUGGGUAUUAACGGAAAUACCUGAAGAAUUAAAAAAUGCAGAUACAAAUUCUGCUAAUAUUACUGAAGCUAAUUCAAUGCAAACAGAUUGGAAAAGAAAAUUAUUUUUAUUAUUAGAAGAUCCAUCUUCGAGUAAUGCAGCAUUAAUAGUUCAUGUGUUUGUAUCUUUUUCAAUUGUUUUGAGUGCUGUAUUGACCACCAUUGAAACAAUACCAUCCUUUAGAUCUACUUCCGGUUCAGUAUGGUUUAAUUUUGAGACUACAUUAGUAGUAGUGUUUACAAUUGAAUAUAUUCUAAGAUUUAUAGCUCAUUCAGAUUCGAUCAAACAAUUAUGGCAAUUCAUAAAAGCUCCUCUUGCUAUUAUCGAUUUCAUUGCAAUUGUUCCAUAUUAUAUUGCAUUGGGAUUCCAUCAUGAUACAACAUAUGAUUUUCGAUUUACCAUCCUUCGAUUAUUUCGUCUUCUUCGUGUAUUUAAGGCAUUCAAAUAUUCUUCAACUAUCAUUAUGACAAUUGAGGUUAUGAUUAUAGCAGUUAAAAGAAGCAUGGAUGCUUUAGGAGCAUUGUUUUUCUUUAUGGUUACAAGCAUAGUGUUAUUCUCAACUUUAUUAUAUUUUGCUGAAAGAGGAACAUGGGACCAAGAAAAACUAACAUUUGUUGAUAGUAACGGCUAUCCAAGUUCUUUUGAUAGUAUUCCUUCAGCCUUUUGGUUUGUAAUGGUUACUAUUACAACCACAGGAUAUGGUGACAUGCUUAUUGCUCUACCUUCAAUUAUCGUUGGAAGAAAUUUCACACUAGUUUGGGAAGCAAUGAGACAAUAUCGUAGAUCAGCAGCAGGUUAUGUAAGAGAUAAUCAUAACAAUCCUGAUGAUAAUAUUGAAGAUAACGGAAGUGAAGGAUAUCCAAUUGGAACUGGAAUGAGAGAAAGUUUUGAGAGCACACAAUCUUUUGCAUCUAAUGUAAAUCGUGCAUAUUCUUCAUUUAAUGAUGAGAUAAUAAAUAAUCAAGAUACACUAUUACAACAAACAAGACUUUUAAUGAAAAUAUUUCAACAAAAUCAAAUCUCUCUUGAAAAAAUUCAAAAAACGCUUGAACAAAAUGGAAUCAAUUACAAUCCAACUCAAGAAAAACUUGAAGUUACACCACCUGAAAAAAGUUUAACGACAAAUUCUGAGUCUUUAUGA